CGUGCAGCGCGAUCAAUACUAUCAUGAUGUAUGCAUGUCGCGUCUUACUUUUUCGUCCUAUGUCUUCAGUGUCACGAAAACGCGUUGCAGUCAGCUCUGUGGGCUUGAGCACUACCAAAAGACGGAAGACCAAGGCUGAAAGUUCGACGAUCACUUCCACGGCAGUCGUAGAAGAACCAUGUCAGAGCAGUGCACCUGACAUAAAGGCUGCCAUAGAGAACUUAGAACACGAUACCAUGGGGGAUUCCUGGAGGACUGCGUUAGAGAGGGAAUUCAUGAAACCAUAUUUCCAAAAGCUCAAAGAAUUCCUCAUUGCGGAGCAUCAUUCACACACAAUAUACCCAAAGCCGAACGAUAUCUACUCUUGGUCACGAUUGACGCCACUUAACUCUGUGAAAGCCGUCGUACUUGGCCAGGAUCCAUACCAUAAUGUAGGGCAAGCGCACGGUCUCUCUUUCUCUGUCCUCCCACCAACCAAGCUCCCUGGCUCCCUGAAGAAUAUCUAUAAACAACUCUUAAAUGAUAUUCCCGCUUUCAAAGUCCCCACGUCUGGAGAUCUGACGCCCGUGGCAAAGGCUGGAGUUCUCUGGUUGAACACCUGUCUGACCGUACGGGCGCAUAACGCCAACUCACAUGCUAAAAAAGGCUGGGAGACUUUCACGGAUGCUGUCAUCCGAGCGGUACUCGACCGCCCGGACGGAAGAGGCGUUGUAUUCUUUGCCUGGGGGUUGCCUGCACAAAAAUUAUACGACAGGCUUGGAAUUGACGAGGAAAAGCAUCUGGUACUAAGAUCUGCGCAUCCAUCUCCUCUUUCUGCGCAUCGGGGCUUUCUGGGCAAUGGUCACUUCAAGAAAGCAAAUGAAUGGCUGCAGAAGAAACACGGGGAAGAGAUUGAUUGGGCGGCUCUCGGCUCCGCUCCAAAUGCAGAUGCAGAUCCCUAGCUACACCCGCUCUAGCAUCCCAAUGGCAUGAAUUGCCACAACGCUGACAGUCACCGACGCCUGCGAAGGAAAGCG